AUGGAUCUAAAGAGGAGUGGGGAUCAUUCCUUGUCAAUGAUGCGAGUGAAAGCUUUAGCAGCGGAACAUUAUCAAUGGCAAAAAAGAAUUCCUGAAGUAAUUUCUGCCCAUCCAGAUGUACUGUUAGCAUUAGGAAAAGAAGAGUUGCAGAAAGUAAAAAGUGAUCUUGAAAUGGUGCUGACAACACUUCAGUUAAAGAAUAAAAAUCUGGAAGAAGAUCUGAAAAGAGAGCAGCAGUGGCACAAGGAACAGGAGCAGAUGCUAGAUACUCUUAAUGACAUUGAAGAGGAAAAAACUCAAGUUGAACAAUUUUGCAAUAAAAGAGCAUGUUAUGAACUGCACAGUAAAUUGUUGAAGCUAAAGUUAUAUAAGGAAGAACUCUUGAGUGCUCUGGGUGAAUUCCUAGAAGAACAUUUUCCCCUUCCAGAGAAACAUGGAAUUGCUGAAAAGAAGAAUUCUGAAAAGCCAGCUGUAGAACUGGUAACACUGCAUGAAAUUUUAGAGACUCUCAUAAACAAAUUAAUGAGCACACCACAUGAACCCUAUGUAACAAUCACUGACUCGUUUUGGCCACCUUAUGUUGAGCUGCUGCUGCGAUACGGAAUUGCCAUGAGACAUCCAGAAGAUCCAGGCAGAAUGCGCCUAGAAGCCUUUCACAUGUAG